CGAAACCGCGCGCGGCAGCCCGCCACUCUCGUGCAUAGAAGGCUGCGUACGUGUAUAUUGCGAAAACGGGUCCGCGAACAGUGCUAUGCUUUUGAGGCCGCGAUCCGUAAGGUGUCUUUCGUCCUCGUCGUCGUUGGCCUUAUCCUCAUUAUUUUCCUCCGAGUGGGCGAACCAGUUUGCGAGAACCGCUCGGCGCACCGUGGCGCAGCGCUUCUAAUGGGAUCAACGUCGUGUGUACUACAACUCCAUUGUUGCGCAUCGUGUUGAUCAGCAUGAGCAGAAAAGAGUUCUAGCGACAAGCGGGACGCGAAACUCAGAACGCAUGCCUAAAUCAGCCUGGAAAGCGGAUAACUUGCUAGUAAGCGGCUAACGGGUCACUUCUAGGGGAUAAUAGAUCUGGUGUCCCAAAGACUCAUCAGAAAACUGAUCGACUCUCAUGGCAGCGCGGAAACUCGCAGCCCUCUUUGCCGCGCUCCUGCAACUGUGCUUAUGUCAAAUCACCCCGGAAGUUUUGCCCGAGUUCUUAGCCCCUUUGGAAAAUCACACAGUGAUCCAAGGUCGUGACGUCUUCUUCACCUGCGUCGUUAAUCAUCUGCAAUCGUACAAGGUAGCCUGGAUAAAAUCCGAUUCCCGUGCUAUUCUGGCGAUACACACACACUUGGUGGCACACAAUAAUCGAUUAUCCGUGACGCACAACGGACACAACACGUGGAAAUUGCACGUGUCGAAUGUUCAGAAGAACGAUUCCGGUACUUACAUGUGUCAAGUCAACACCGAUCCCAUGCGCAGUCAGAUGGGAUACAUGGAAGUAGUGGUACCGCCCGACAUAAUAGACGACGAGACUGCAAAUGGUAUGGUCACUCACGAAGGGGGCAAUAUAAGAUUGCGAUGCGUCGCCACCGGUGUGCCAGAGCCUACUGUCAGUUGGAAACGAGAGGACGGUCGCAACAUCAUUCUCAGAGAGGAUGGCCAGAAACAAUCUGUGAAAUCCUUUUCCGGCGAGACACUGGAAUUGACGGGGGUGCUUCGGCAAGAGAUGGGCAUGUAUCUCUGUAUAGCCAGCAACACCGUGCCGCCGACGGUCAGCAAGCGUUACUCCGUUGAUGUUCACUUUCAACCUUCUAUUAAAGUGACAAGUCAAUUAGUGGCUGCGCCAAUUAAUAGUGACGUCGUAUUGCAAUGUUACGUCGAAGCCUCGCCGCUCGCUAUGAAUACUUGGUACAGAGAAGGUGGCGAGAAACUGCUGCCUAGUGACAAAUACACAAUGUCGGAGUACGCGUUGAGCGAGUACUCCCGGCAAAUGAAUCUCACUGUCAAGUCGCUGGAAAAACAGGACUUCGGCGGCUACGUGUGCUCGUCCGUCAACGCGCUCGGCAAGGCCGAGGGUUCAGUACGAUUGCAAGAGCUGCAGUUCGCGAAGACGACACCGACGACUGUGAAGAAUAUGGAUAAGUCGCGUAAGAAGGCACCGGCGAAGGGCAGGAAGAAGAGCAACAGUAGCAACGACAGACGAGGACACGCGGUAAGCUUCGGCGAGGCCGAUUCCGUCGGCAGCGACGACGAUUUCGGCACCACGCAGAUCAUGGCCGGUAGCACCCUUCAGGAGGGCCAGAGGACGGAUAGGCCCCUUGCCGUGCCUUCCUUGCCGCCGCCCUGGGUCAAUUUUAACACGGCGAAUUUCAGGCAUUCCUCGGUGUCAGCGAUUCUGCUUCUGCUUCUUUUGCCGACCACUCUAUAAGAUGGCAUCAGGUGUGAGGCAUAUAAAGGAUUACAAUAUAGAAUCGACGAUUAUGAAGAUCCACGAGCUGAUCCGGAAUCUCGAAAAAUCGAUAAAUUUAGAAGACUUUGAUUUUUCCCAUCGACACAGGUAAAAAAAUUCAUGACAUUUCACGAGUUAAAGACUUUGCGUUGAAGACUUG